CAGGUCACAUUAUAACAUGUAGAAAUUUAAAUUAUAAAAGAGUGAUCAAAAUCAUUCAUAGAACACGUAAAUUUCUCAAUCACUCGCCAUUUGUUCAAUUGCGGAGAAAUAAUCUAUUUCAACCUUGUUAAUUACAAAAAUAUACGCUUUUUAUAAGACACUGAAACCUGUUGAGCGUGCUAAAUUAACUUAUAUAAUAUUACAUCUAUGGCCAAUCGACGUAAUUCACAGGUUCGCAAAUGGCUGCGAUGGUUCGGGGACAUGAACGCCAUCCGCUGCUUCCUCUUCAGCAAGUCUUGGUGGUCGCCCUGGUUCCCAGCAAAGUUGACGAACGCUGUUUUGCGUGCGUUCGGAGUCGUGGCGUUUGCUAACAACCCGCUGUCGGGUUUUCUCAUCAUGGCGGCCAUGAUGGCAAGCGACGUUAUCGUUGGAGUAGCUGGCCUCUUAUCUGCAACCGUGGCAGUAAUAUGCAGCAAACUGCAAGGAGCUCCCGACCACCUGGUAUGCGAUGGCCUGACUGCCUUCAACUCUCUUCUGGUCGGCGCCAUAUGCACCGCAGUCUUGCCAGACUUGCUGAAUCUCAAACUGCACUUCUAUCAUGUUCUCCUCUCCAUCCCCAUCUCAAUAAUAACAUGCUAUGUGGACCUCGGACUAAGCUCGUUAAUGAGCCCUUGCCAAUUGCCGGCGCAGUCCAUACCUUUUAAUCUGGUGGCGACAGGCUUGGUGCUUAGCUUGAGAGGCCGCUUGUAUGGUUAUGGCUUGAAAAUUCACGGCAUUGACACGCAGGGGCAUGGACAAAUGUACGACGAUGCAUUCAGAACACUUGCGCAAGAUAUAACAGAAGUCUUUGAAGGGGAUCAAACUGAAUUGCAGUGGGUAAAGGUGCUGGAGGGCAGCGUGCUGGCGGCGGGACAGGUGUACGGAGCUGGCAACAUGGCGUCGUCCAUUAUAAUUUGGCUCGCCUUCUUCCUUUACUCUCCCAUCUUAUCUGUGGUUUUCUAUCUCGGAAGCAUCAUCGGCAGUUGUCUAGCUGUUUUCCUAAGCCCCGGCAGCUUGUCUGAGGUGUACGCGGGUUUGUGGAGCUACAACAGCAUGCUGGCUGCCGGAGGUUCAGUCUUCUUCCUGCAGCCGUCGUUGCAUGUAGCGGUAGUUGCCGUACUCGGCGCCUGCAUGGCCGUCUUCACCCAGGCGGCAGUCAUGAAUAUCUUUGCACCCACGCAGCUACCAGUGCUUUCGUACCCUUUCAACGUUGUCAUCACGAUAUUGCUUGCAAUCUCAACCCAGAGAGGAACAACCCUCACAAUGCUCACCAAUAGAAGCUUUCCAGAGCAACACAUUUAUGAACGUCUCAAAGGAACAUGCGAGGCUGACAAUAAUGCAGAUGAAAAUGCGCCCGAGAUGAAGCCUUUCCAGAUGGGACGCUACUGCGCCGUUGUUGGAUGUACCAGUCGUUCUCACGACUAUUUAAACAGAAAACUUGGCAAUGGAAUGCGUUUCUUCAGUUUAUCAGCAGUGAAGGAAGGCCAGGGCAGCGAUGUUCUCAACGUUAUCACAAGACGUCGACAAGUGACUGUUGUUUUCUCUCUGUAACUUACAAUGACAUCGACUUUGAAUAACACCGCUGCAACAUGUGUGCACGUCUCUCCAACCCCUGCCACAGUCGCAGUGAGCUGAUAUGAUGGUGCCGUCAGCAUCAGCAAUGACCCAAGGUUUCAGCAGUUUUUCAUUCAGCCGCAUUGAGUGCAACACCUGAAAGCAGAAAGUUUUGAAUGUCACUGUAAUAUUUGAAAUACCGUACUAUAUAUUUCACUGGGGCAAAAUCUGUUACGUGCCAGUAGAUAAGCUACAUAAGUAAGAAUAAAAAGUAAUAAUAUU